UGAUGGUUUCUAUGUGAAGGACAAGCUCAGUUGGAUAAACACAUCAUGAGCAAAAAGUAUGAAUCAGCAAACGUGUCAGAAGUGGAGGAGCACAUUUCUGUCAAAUAUGAGAUCAAGAAGAGAAUUGGAAAAGGGAUCAGCUGGUGUGUUACAAAACUCGGUCCAAGCCUUUUGUUUUCCUUCCCUGUGGCUGUCACAGAGACUAAGCCUACGGCAUUGUAUGGAAAGCAGCUGACCGACAGACGGGGGAAACUGUGGCAGUGAAAAAAAUCUUUGAUGCUUUCAGAAACAGGACAGAUGCCCAGCGGACAUUCAGGGAAAUCAUGUUCCUGCAGGAGUUCGGAGAUCACCCCAACGUCGUCAAACUCUUAAAUGUUAUCCGAGCCCAAAAUGACAAAGACAUUUAUCUCAUCUUUGAAUACAUGGAUACAGACUUGCACGCUGUGAUUAAGAAAGGCUCUCUUCUUAAAGAUAUCCACAAGCGUUAUGUGAUGUACCAGCUCCUCAAGGCCAACAAGUACCUCCAUUCAGGAAAUGUUAUUCACAGAGACCAAAAGCCUUCCAACGUACUCCUGGACACCGACUGCAUCGUCAAGCUCUGUGACUUCGGCUUGGCCAGAUCUCUCAACCAGAUCCAGGAGGACAGUGGGAAUCCGGCCCUGACAGAGUACGUGGCCACGCGGUGGUAUCGGGCUCCUGAGAUCCUGCUUGGAUCAACAAGGUACACCAAAGGUGUGGACAUGUGGAGCCUGGGCUGUAUCUUGGGAGAGAUGCUGCUGGGAAAAGCACUGUUUCCCGGAACUUCAACCAUCAACCAAAUAGAGAAGAUUAUGAGUGCCAUUCUUCAUCCCAGCCCAGAAGAUAUUCUCGCCAUCAAGUCUGAAUAUGGAUCCUCUGUCAUUCAGAGAAUGUUACUGAAACCGCAGGUGCCUUUGGAGGAUCUUCUCCAACCGUCUGUGCCUCCUGAUGCUCUGGACCUGCUGAAGGGUUUGUUGGUUUUUAACCCUGACAAGCGGCUGACUGCAGAGCAGGCCCUUCGGCACCCAUAUGUAGCCAGGUUCCAUAAUCCAGCCAAAGAGCCAGCUCUCAGCUAUGAUGUAGUCCUGGCAGUGGACGAUGAUGUGCAAUUAUCUGUGGUUCAGUACCGCAACAAAUUAUACGAGAUGAUACUGGAAAGGAGAACACAUCAAGGGGUGCUGAGACUACCAAACUAUAGAGACUGUGGAGAUAGCCAGGAGAAAUCCAGUGCAAGGAGGUGUGACAAAGGAGAUGGAGUCCCUGAAGCUGCAGCGUCCACAAACGAUGAAGGGAAACAACACAAUCAGGAGACUGGAGAGACAAACCGUGAGCCUUCACAUGCAGGGGUCACAAAAACUGAGGCUGCCAGUGCCUCAACGUCUUCUGCUAUGGAGAAGGCAACCCCACUAAAUGGCCAUGGCUUUGGAAAACCAUCGUAUAACCCCAUCACUCAUGCUCCAAAUGGUUUUAAUCGGGCUCGUCACUGUUCUGCAACCAGCAGGAACCCAGCAGGACAAACCAGAAAUGGAAAUGCAAUUACGCCACCAGCAGAAGGCAACGACUCUAAUGUAUCCAUGGAUCAGAUCCUCCAUCGGGGUCGCUCAGCCACUGUGGUUCACAACCGUUCCUUCUCUUCGACCCUAAAUCAAACCCAGAACAACCCUUUAGUCCGCAAAGAUGAGACAUCUUUAGCUGCUGGGCUGCAUAUCUCUUCAGCUCGACUGAACCAGCGCUCCAGUUCUCAGGCUCGUGACGCUCAUCCACCACCACGGUUCAGCAAGAAAGUGUUUCAGAACAAUUGCAACGUGGCCGCUGCUGGUGACCCACGGGCCAAAUUAGGCAGCUAUACCCAAGCCUAUGGCACCAUCAACAAGACGGAACUGGAUAAUCUUGUUCGGAGCCGCCCUCAUAAACAAUAGCUUUUAUAAUAUCAGAGGUUAUGUAGAAGGAGAUGGUUACAUGUAUUUGGACACACAACAAACUUUGUUUUAAUCAUCUUGUGAUGAAAUCUAGCUGGAAAACAGCUGUUGUACAGAAAGGCUACGAUUUACUCAAUCAGUUUGGCUCAUGACUUAUGAAAAGUCAAUGAUGAUUGGGUCUUCUGCAUUUACUAUAUUAGACUGGCUUAUUUGGAUGUUGGUAUGUAAUUUUUCUGAAGGAUUAAUGAAACUUUAUUCCUUGGUAGAGUGAAAUACUAACCAUUAAAAGAAAGCAAAAGGUUUAGAGACCCAAAUUCUUAGGGUACAGAAUCUUGUUGCCUCUUGAUGAGAAGCAGAUAAUUUGGUUGUUGGUUAUAAAUUGUGUGAGUGGAAUAUGCCCCACUAUAUGUUGAGAACGUCCUCUACACAAGCUAAAUUGCCCAGGAUAUAUUUGCAAGAGUCAUAAAUAGGGGCUUAACAGGAGCCAAAGGUACUUUUUGAUUUAUCUGGGUGUUUUGAAAGUUUGACUGAGUCAGGACCUCUCACGUCAAUGUAAAAACAAACCCAACAGCCUAAUGGUUUAACAUCAUAUUAAAAAAUCACCUAAGUGGUUUGAAGAUGGGCACAUAAUAACUGUAAAAUAUGCAAAUAGAUGUUUUAAUAAAUGAUUGUAAUGAGUAAUUUAUAUUAAUGUGAACACCAGCAAUAAACCUUGUUCUAUGUGCAAACAGAAAACU